AUGGAGGAGGAUGUUCGGCCCCCUCCACAUGAGCGGCGUGAUGUCGACGGCGAGUCGCUUGUUGAGCCCGAUGUCGCUCAACUGCCCCAAAACCAACCCCCAGAGCGACAAGGAUCACGAACGAAGGCUGCAGCGACUCCAGACAGUCGGGAUGCGCCGAAAUCUCCCUUCAGUCGUUUACCAAGGACUGUGAUUGAGCAAAUCCUGCGUGUAGCUGAUGCGGGUACAUUCGCGUCGUUGACUCUGCUGAACCGAAAAUGGCGGAGGAUAUCUGACUCGCCUGUCUUGUAUGCCUAUCACUUGUCUCGGUGUCCUUCUUUUGAAUUGGCACAAAAAGCAACAGAGGAAGGCCCGCUGCAAACUAGCAGUCUCGCGCCUCUCAAGCUGCAAUUUUUCUCUGAGAUUAGACGCAAUGGGUUCGAUGUGUUCUUUCGCCCCCAACAGACCAUGGUAAAACUUAUUUCAUCGUCUAUGAGCUCCUCGACAGCGUUUCCACACGGUGAAGCCUUCCGUUUUGUUUUCUCGCAGAAUGCCCAGCUCAUUCUCUGCAUCAGUUCUUCUCGAAUUGUUGUUCUGAAUGUGUCUUCAGAGCCUCCCGUGGUGAAGCAUGAGCUCAAAACUCUGCGGCGUCCGCUGCACGCCACCAUUUUGGACGAUGGAUCGCUUCUUGCUGUUGUGUCUUCGAGCCACCAAGUCAAUAUCUACAGCCUGUCUAGUGCGGAGGCCAAGCUUAUCCAGGACCUGAAACUAAAUGAUGUCCCGCGUACUCUGGCUCUAUCCCCAACUGGUGCCGUUCUCGCCAUAGCAUAUAACGAUAUGAUUGAGGUGUAUGCAGUCGGCGAGGGGGUUUUGCCAACUGCACGAAGGGCUGUUCGCUGUGCAGGAGUCGACUCGCUCUCGUUUUCCUCGGAUGGCGUCAUCCUUUUGGGCUCAUCGGACAAUCCUGAGACGGGCAGUCUAGUUACUAUAACGGUGCCUCUCUAUGGCGAACAAGAAGCCGACUUUUCUAUCAAAGAUGUUCAGAUUCAGAUGUGGACGACUCAAAUACUCUUCCCAGACAUUGUCCACAACUACAGUUACGCCUGCCUCCUACCAUUACACACGGAGGGUGAAGGGAGUUGGAUUCUAGGCUUUGACAAUCGACUUGGAGCCUUUAGAGCUACUGGGACGAACAAUACUAGUUCAGGUACAGCAUACUUUGCGAGCCCGGUGGCCGAGUAUACGCUUGAAGAACGGCCCCCGAUGAUGCUCGCUUCCGCAGAUUGCGAGGGUGAACUCGUCGCCCUAGGUUUUCAGGACUCCGGUGUUUGGGUGUAUGGUCUGCCUGAUCGUCUUGACAUUGCCCCCGUGUCGCAAAAUGCUGGUGAAUCACAAAAUCGGCCCCUCACUACUCAAAGUCGGUCAACCGAGAUUACAGAUCCCGGAACCAACAUCAAUCGGCUACAGCAAACCAUAACCCGAUCAAAGGUACUCAUCAAAGGCCACAGGGUAACAGACAUUCCAGGUAUAACUUCUGCCCGCUGGGUACGACGUAAUCAUAUCAUAGGUGAAUCCCGAAGAUUGGCUGCCGUGGCCCCCGGUGGAGUUGACCAUGCGAGUUUUGGUGAAGAGGAUGUACCUCUUGAUGGUGGACGAAUCUUACUCUUGGAUUUUGCGCGCUCAGCGAUGAAUGGAGGUGUGAAGGAACUCACUAUCGAGAUCGGAGAGGCAGAGGCUGUACUACUUCGCGAACCGAAUUCCAGUUUAGACACCGAGGUCGAACUGGAGAGGACGAGGACUCGUUUACGCCGUGGGAACCCUACCGGUACACCAGGCAGGGGAGCUCGCGAGUCGUAUCCAGCGGCCAGCUCGAGUACCCGUGGGCGCCCUCGCAGGAACAGCUCUUAUCUCUCCGCCUCAUCAGGUGAAGUUGGAGAUGGUGAGAUCCCUGUGAUCCCGGAUAGCCCUUAUGAUAACACACAGCCACGAUCACAAGACACAUUACGGCGCGCCGCCACCGCUGCUGCAGUUAAUCGCAGGCGUGUGGCUCGGGAACCACGCCGCGUGUUCCCAGACACGCCUGUCCCGCCGAUUUUCCAGGUACCCCACGAGAGUGAUGCAGAUAACUGGGUUCCUCCGCCGCCCCCGUAUUCACGAGAGGCAGAUGCGCCCCUCCCCGAUUACCUUAGACAGACUUUACUUCCUCCAGCACGUCGACCUGGUCAAAAUACAGCAGACUCCAUUCGAAGAUCUUUAUCCACUCGUUUCUCGUCGGACACUUCAUCUCGGCCCUCUCUUUCCAGACUCAACACCGUAACUGGACCAAGUUUGUCAUCCCGGAUCAGACGAAAUAUAGGGGAUCCCCCACCAUCGGAUAGUCCCCCGCGAAGGCGCACCAGCACUAUUCGAAGAAGAGGAAACUCCCAAACUGGACAGCUCAGCAGCGUGAAUGAGUCAACUGUGGCAAAUCCCAUCCCAACGGUACCGGUGUCUCCUACUGGUCCGACAAUAUUAAACCCAUCUCAGAAUCCGACCCUUCCAGCUCAACUACAACCCAUGACUAUCCAACUUCCAAACAGUGGUCAAUUCACUAACGGAGCACACGCUAUGCCGGCCGUUCCUCCGACCCCCCCGGCCAUGAAUAACUAUCUCUACUCUCUAUCCUCACCGAAUCUUAUUCCGCCUGAAUUCAUGCCAAACACCCCAGAAACCCCGGUCCAGCAUUCUAACGCGCGCCACGACCGCACUCAGUCAUACGACUAUAGACCGUCUUUUUCAGCAAUAGCCCUUCGCAAUCGUAGGGCGUCCACUGACCCCACCCACUCAAGCGCGCAGUCUGUUGCACCGGAACAGCAAUGGCGAAGACGCAUUGAAGAGUGGAAUGAGCGGACGAUAUAUGAAAGAAGCAAGAAACAUCGAAGCAAGUGCAGUGUGAUGUGA